CAGGACCAGUCAUCGUUUCGGUUUCCCGUUUAUUUCACAUCGCUAUCGGAGAGAUAUCUAGGAUUGUUAACAUGAAGUAUCAUGCUAUCACGCUUAUCGGCGCUUGUGUUGGCUUGAUGAUGACAGUACAUGCUGCAACCGUGGCCACGCACAAGUGGACUCUAAAUGAUGGUUCUUAUAUCACAGAGACUGGUGAUUCGUGUACCUGCUAUGACAAAGACCACCACGAGAUAUCACUGGGGCCAUGUAUCAGCAAGCUCGGGCAUUUACCGUGCAGUGAAACGUCCAAACGACACGUCAGGAGCAUACAUUCAAAUGACGUGGUAAGACGAGCCUUCAACACCUUUGAAUCACUUGGUUGCGCGUGCUUAGACAUGAGUUUUGGCGCUGUGCCGAUGCAGGAUUGUUACGACCACCACGGAGCUAUAGUCUGCUAGGAGUGAUCAAAGAUUCAAGGACGCCUAGUGUUGAUGUUAAACGUGCAGGAUAUGCUGUGUUAUACCUCUCUUUCUGUGUUCUCUCUGUGUAAUUAGUCCUCCCCACUACGUACGCUGGUAGGUAAACUUGAUCUAUUGGGCUUUCGACGUAGAACUAACUGAAAAUACCCUCGGGCCCGCAAUGCAAAGUGGCGCAAAUAGUCGCCAACAUGCGAUAGAAUGCUUGCAAUGUUUGUCAAAAGCCGUUGGCGACACAGGAUUGAUUUUUGAUGUGAGAGACCGACUGUCAUACCUCUCUAUUGAUAUUUUGUUUGCCUUAAGGCGACAAUAUUCACUGAAGGAUUACCCAAACUUUGCAUAAACAAUGAUACAUGAUUAUUGGAGCAGUAUUCCCUCUAGUUAAUUGAUUAUCAACGCAUGAAUUGCCCUGGUGGGAUUAUCGAAUAAAUACCCAGGUUGAUUGUCAGUGUAUUAUUGGCUGGUGGAUUUUUUGUCAACAUGCGACUGUACGCAAUUACAGUCAUAACCUGUUUUCUUGUGAAUAUACCAAGAACACAGACCGUGGCUGCUACCAAAUCGACAAUGGUAUUAGUUCAAGAAUGUAGUUUGUAUCGUUUCUUCGUGAGUGAACAGCGUAUGUCGACGAUUAUACAAACUGGCUGUUCGUUAAAUCAUAAGCAGCAUGCAGACAUGGUGAUUUCUGUCACCAUAAAACAUUGCCGGUUUUUAUUUGUCGCCACAGCGAAUGCUCCGGGCAGUGACAACAGGUCAAUCAAAGAAAGUUUCAGGACUUUGAAUCAUGAUAAAUGCGACGAUCGGCAGAAAACGGAACAAAUGUUUUACAGAUUUUUAAUCUGGUUACGCACGCGCAUCAAUAAGAACUCAAAAUAACUCAUUCAUGCGUGUGUGUAACUGCAUACAAACUAAAAAGGUAUGGAGUUUUGGCACAUUUUCUGCUGAUUCCGAGUCAAAGGAGAAUUCCUCUAGACACCUCAAUCGUUAGAUAUUGGGGAGUGCGGUUGUAGUUUCGAAGGGCGUCCGUCUCGUUCACGGAAGUUCUUGGGUUAGAGACUCGACCACUGCCAUUCUGUACUCUCACCUGGAGAAAAACUAUAACGUGUAGCGUUUAUUGUUAUUAUUAACAUUAUUGUGCCGACAUGGUUGUAUAAUACGGGACUUCUCAUUCGAGUUGGUGAGGCUCGACCCCAGCGCCACGCUCUGUCGGAAAAGCGCACUUUCAGGAAGACGAACUUCUGGCUAAACCUUGACAUGAAACUUUGUCAAAAAAUUAAACAAAGUUAGCACGUUUGCUGGAAAUGGAUAAAAGAUGUGUACAAGUCUAGUGUAAGCAUAAGGAAAUCUUAGGGAUUUGUCAUUAUAUAGUUUUAUAGAAGAACAUUGUAAGGGUUAGCAAGAUCUAAGAAAGGUCGAUGAAGAGCUAGCAUUACAUCAAAAGGACGCAAUUAUGUAAUGAUGGUCUACUUUAGCAUAUCACAUCACGUCCUAGCGUUACCUCAUACAAUUCUAACGUAACAUUCCUUUCCUUUGAGUUGUAGAACUGUAUUCGUCCUGAAACUGACACACUUCUCCACAUAAUUCAAUGUUAACAUUUUCCUAAAUGAUUCAAUAAAAUAUUUUGUGAUGAG